GUGAGGUCUUUGCCUAAGCCGUCCCCCUACUUCCGACCCCCUUCUCGGCUUCCUGGCCGCCGGAGCUGCUGGCAAGGGCAAAGUUACGACUCAGGCUGUGUGAGUUUGGAAAGAAGUGGUUGGUGUGGGUCUCCCUGGCCCAGAGAAGCAGCCCUACAUGCUUCCCUGAGCUAGAGAAGCGAGGCAGCACCCACGCCCUGGGGGAAGUGAAGCUGGAGCAGGAAGCCAAGGAGGGGCACCGCGGUGGUGAAGGGCUCCUUCAACAGCAGCUGGAGCCCGGCAUGGCCGUUGCUGGGGACAUGUAGCUCUGGGGACCGAGGGCUGAGCCUGCAACCACCCGGUGAGCGGGAUGCAGGAAAAUCUCCUGGUCUGGGUCUGGAUUAUCCUCCCAGGAUGCUGGGCUCUGAGAGGCCCUGCAGAGGUGAGCAGCUUCCCUGGGGGCUCCGUGGAGGUACCCUGUGAGUACGAGCCGAAGCUGGUGGAUGCCAAUAAGUACUGGUGCAGGGGCAGCAGCUGGUUGUCCUGCUCCAUCCUCAUUCAGACCACGGCCCCUGGGGAUAAGGCAAGGGGGGACAGGGUGUCCCUGCAAGAUGACCCCACUCGGCACGUGUUCGUGGUGACCAUGGAGAACCUGAGCAUGGAGGACGCGGAUCAGUACUGGUGUGGGAUCCAGGUAGCCUGGUACGACCCCAUGUUCCCUGUCAUGGUGUCUGUUCUCCCAGUGCCCACGACAACACACUAUGACUUCCACACGACACAGGGGGAAGAGGCCACAUCUGCUCCCACCUUCCCAUGGACUCUCCUGGAGCUGGAAAACACCAAAUCCACACCAAAAGUCGGAAGCCUGCAGGCUGGCACCCCAAACCUGCUUGUCCUGGUCCUGACACCCUCUGCUGCGCUGGUGCUGGUUUUGGGCAUCAUCGUCUCCUGCAGGAUGAGAAGAGCAUCGCUGAAGAGGAGUGGAGCAGCCCGGGCCGUGGAGAGGAAGAGGUCCAGGGAGGACCUCCAGGUCACUGCAAGCUGGGAGCGAGCAGACGCUUCCAAUAACAUCUACAUAAACAUGGAACUCAGCUCACCCGAAGAUGACUAUGAGAACAGCCCGGCCAAGUGGCAGGACUUUGAAAAAGGAGACAAAGUUUCAGUUUCCAGAGCUCCAGAACUGCAGCCGAUCUACAUGAACACUCGCUGAGUGGCUCUGCGCUUGGCCCCUGUCUGCCAGAAAGCCCCGUGUCCGAGAACGGGCAUUCCCUGCAGCUCUCCCACCAUCCAGGUUGUUUCCCCACUGCUGCCCGAGCUCUCUCUGCCUCUCCCAUUGAGAUUCCCUGUAUCCUGCAGAAGCAACCCCUGUCCCCUCCGUACUGCACGAGACUGAGGACCCCAGUGUGCCACGGGGUCCCGCAGUGUGACGUGCACACCACCGGGCCAGCAGCAUUGUUUAUCCCCACCCUGCCAUAAGGUUAUUAAAUGAGAGGAGAUCAGAA